AUGCCGGCCACCGCGGGAAGAGUUCGCAUGCCAGCGAACAACCGUGUUCACAGUAGCGCGGCGCUUCAAACUCACGGCAUAUGGCAGAGCGCGAUCGGUUACGAUCCUUACGCACCAACGGCAAAAGAAGAGCCCAAGAAGACGACUCAGGAGAGCUCUGAUGAUCCCGAGAACUCUUACGCGAGCUUCCAGGGUCUUUUGGCUCUAGCGCGCAUCACUGGAUCGAAUAAUGAUGAGGCUCGUGGGUGUUGUAAGAAGUGUGGACGUGUGGGGCACUUGACGUAUCAGUGUAGGAACUUUUUGAGUACUAAGGAGGGGAAGGAUGGGGGGGAGAUUGAAGCUGAUGUUGCGUUGGGGUUGGAGAAGGUUAGGAGAGGGGUUGGGAGAGGGGAGGUGAGGGUGGAGAGUAGUGAGGAGGAGGAGGAGGAGAGUGAGAGUGAGGAGGAUUCUGAUGUUGAUUCUGAGAUUGAGAAGAUUAUUGCUGAGAGGUAUGGGAAGAAGAAGAAGGGGAGUAGUAGUGUUAAGAAGAGGGAUGAGUCUGAGUCUGAUUCUGGAGAUAGGAAGAGGAGGAGGAGGUCGAAGAAGCGGAGGACGAUGCACAAGAGGAGGAGUGUGAGUGAGUCUGAGGAGGAGGAGGAGAAACAGAGGAGUAAGAGAAGGAAGGAGAGGAGAGGGAGGAAGAGAGAUGAUGAUGAUGAUGAUUCUGAUGAGUCUUCUGAUGAAGAUGAUGACAGGAGAAGGGUUAAGAGAAAGAGUAGGAAGGAGAAGAGGAGAAGGAGGAGCAGGCGUAACCGUUCUGAUGAUUCUGAUUCAUCUGGGGAUGAUGCAAGUGGUAGAAGGCAGAAGCGUAGGAACAAAGUGGCAGCUUCUUCUGACUCUGAUGUCUCAGGUGAUGAUGAUUCACGCGUUGGAAGAGGUUCUUCUAAGAGGUAUGAGAAGAAGAGUAGGAAACGCCACCACAGGAAGGACUGA